AUGGAAUCGACCCGAACAAUUUACGAGCUGAAAUCGACAUUCAUUCGGAGCCAAAUCCGCAUUCUCUCCGAGAGCCUUGAGCUGCCGGAAGAUUGGCAACAAUAUGCAGUGGAGACCGAGGAGGGCCAGUUGAGCGCGAAGGCGAUUGAAGAUGUGCUGCAUAAAGUAAAUGCGGCCGCUAAGCAGCAUCAUCGAGUUGUCUACACAUCACAAGCGAUUCACCAUGUGGCCAGUCAGAUUGCCAGCCUCUACUGGUCCGCUAUUAGCCAAGAGGCGCAAACACAGGCAGCUUUUGCAAAGGGCGUGGGUCAAUUGACGGACUUGUCCAAACAAUGGAAUAUUGCCAAAUUACCCUUGGAACUAGAAACCCCCGGCGUGACUGAAGAACAAAAUACAAGAUACCAGGAGCUUCGGAAGCGACUCACCAGUCUUGACGAACAGCGUCAGAAAAGGCAACGUCGUCGCGAUCAAUUACAACAUCUCCGACGUCUCCUCGAGCCAUUUGAAGAACCACCCAGAGAUAUUCAACCAAACCUGGUCAACCGGGAUGGAGAGCUUAUUAAGGAAUUGGAGAAAAUGCGAAUGCUUGUGGCGCGGGUCGGAGGGAGAAUAGCACAGCAGAAGAAUCGCAGGAAUGUUCCGGAAAACGAGGGAGGCGAAUAUUUGCUUCCUGGGUCAGAUCAGAGGCUGGAGGCCCUGCUGAACACGAGCGAAUGA